AUGGCCUCUCAAUUACUUUUGCCUCCAAACCCAUUCACAAAAUCAGUCUCGGCUAAAGAUUUCUUCACAGGUGAUGACUUAACUCUGAAAAGAAAGACAAAUCAAGCAACAAGAGUCUCAAAUGGAUUUAACUUAAGAGCAAAAGCAGCUUUGAGAUCUAAUCACAACAAACCAUCUGUUCAAAUUCCAACUCAAUGGUACAAUAUUAUUGCUGAUCUUUCGGUCAAGCCUCCUCCACCGUUGCAUCCCAAGACUUUUGAAACGCUUAAACCUGAAGAUUUAGCUCAUCUUUUCCCUAAUGAGUUGAUUAAACAAGAAGCAACAUUAGAGAGGUUUAUCGAUAUCCCUGAGGAAGUUCUUGAAAUCUACAAGCUUUGGCGUCCAACUCCUCUAAUCAGAGCAAAGAGAUUGGAGAAACUUCUUCAGACACCUGCAAGGAUUUACUUCAAGUAUGAAGGUGGUAGCCCAGCUGGUUCACAUAAACCAAACACAGCAGUUCCACAAGCUUAUUACAAUGCGAAAGAAGGCGUCAAGAACGUUGUGACUGAAACCGGAGCUGGUCAAUGGGGCAGUGCUUUAGCCUUUGCUUCUAGUCUAUUUGGCCUUGACUGCGAAGUAUGGCAAGUGGCGAAUUCGUACCAUCAAAAGCCAUAUCGGAGGUUAAUGAUGCAAACAUGGGGAGCAAAAGUUCAUCCAUCUCCAUCGGAUCUCACUGAAGCAGGUAGAAGAAUCCUUCAGUCCGAUCCAACGAGUCCUGGAAGUUUAGGCAUUGCUAUUUCAGAAGCUGUUGAAGUUGCAGCAAGAAACGAGGAUACAAAGUACUGUUUAGGCAGUGUGUUGAACCAUGUUCUGUUGCAUCAGACGGUUAUUGGAGAAGAAUGCAUAAAGCAGAUGGAAGAUUUUGGUGAGACGCCUGAUGUGAUCAUAGGUUGUACUGGUGGAGGAUCAAAUUUUGCUGGCUUGAGUUUUCCUUUUAUCCGAGAGAAGCUCCAAGGCAAAAUGAAUCCUGUGAUAAGAGCUGUUGAGCCCUCGGCUUGUCCUUCGUUGACCAAAGGGGUUUAUGCUUAUGAUUUUGGGGAUACGGCUGGAUUGACUCCUUUGAUGAAGAUGCAUACUUUAGGACAUGACUUCAUUCCUGAUCCUAUCCACGCCGGUGGAUUACGGUACCAUGGGAUGGCACCAUUGAUCUCGCAUGUUUAUGAACAAGGUUUCAUGGAAGCAAUCUCAAUUCCUCAAAUCGAAUGUUUCCAAGGGGCUAUUCAGUUUGCAAGAACAGAAGGGAUAAUACCGGCGCCGGAACCAACUCACGCCAUUGCUGCAACCAUAAGAGAAGCUCUCCGAUGCAAAGAAACAGGAGAAGAAAAAGUGAUACUAAUGGCUAUGUGUGGACAUGGCCACUUCGACCUUUCCUCAUACGACAAGUAUUUAAGAGGCGAAUUGGUGGAUUUAUCAUUCAGUGAAGAGAAGAUACGAGAGUCUUUGUCCAAGGUCCCACAUGUUGUUUAG